UAAUGGAGACAGAUACUAAUUAAUCAAACAAAAUCAUUAUUAGAAAAAAAAAAAAAAAAGAGUCCACCAUCAGAUUUGUAGAUCAGAUACAGAAACGAUGCCGUUCAACAGCGUACUGGUGGCGGCGACGGCGGAGAUAUCGGCGGCGGUGUGGCAGCGGCUGGCGUGUCUGCCGGAGCGAAUAAGCAGCGAUCAGAUGUUGGAAUUGGUCGUAUGUUUCCCUCUUCAGCAGUUGGGCAGAUUUGCCCUUUUCUUGUGGACUUAUCUUUGCGUCGCUCCACACCCUAAUCGCCAUCUCUACUACGCUUCCUAUUACGGCGAUGAUUCCGAUGGGGAGGAUUCCGAUGAAGGCGGCGGCGGCUGAAGUGGUGGCGCGUCGUCUUCUGCCAUUACCCAGUGGUCAUAAUUUAUUUGUAAAUAAAAAAUAUUUAUUUUUUAAAGUUGUGUUUGGCUUUUACUGCUGCAUUAGUGCAUUUUGUGCUUAAUAUUUUACCAUAAGUCACAGUUUCAUUGUUUUUUUUUUUUAAUUUAAAUUAAUAUUAACAGAUCCCUAUAUUUAUGGUUUA